UUUUCGCCAACAAACUUAAUAGAUAAAGUUCCAUAAAUAUUAGACAGAAACUAAAAAUCUACUUUGAAUCUAUACUAUCGGAGACAAGAGUUCAUUUCAUUCGCGGUGAUGGCUAUCCCUACACCGCCGUCUAGCGCCGCCACUUCCGGCGGCGGGUAUCAAAACCCUAAUCGAUCAUUAGGUUUCUUCGCAAACGCAAUGAAGAGGAAACAUAGCUUCAUACAAUUCUUCGCUAUGACAGGAAUCUUUCUUCUAAGUGUAAGAUCGCUUGGGCAGAAGUACCGCAUAAAUAAUCUAGAGGAAGAUAAAGCUGCGCUAAAGGAAGAACAAGAAGGACUUGUUAAUCGAAUGAAUCAUAUUAAGCAGAGUCUCAUUGAUGAAGCUGCUAUUGAGCCUACUGGUGCUUUUGCUUCCCGAAUUCGACGCCUCUUUGGUGAUGACACUUGAUACCGUCUCAAAUUAUCUGUCGUGUUUCUCUUUUAGAACGGGUUUUGACUAUUUUGACCUUAUUUAUGUCUUUUAAGAUAUACUAUCUCUUCAAGGGUAAAAUGGAAAACGGAUAAUAAGUUUUGUUUCGAACUUACUAUUUUGACAGUUGAAGCAGUUAAGGUUGUUGUUCUGUCUGAGUUUAUUUUUCAUUUAUAUCUGAUAUAGGAUGUCCAAUUUUAGAAUUUACUGGAUUUGGAAUUUAGGAUUUUGUAGACUGAAUUUUGACCUAGAGUGUUAAAGGUGAACCUUUUUGUUAUUCAGAUA